AUGUAACCAGAUUAGAUUGAAGAGCAGAAGAAGAAAAUUCAAGAAAGUGAACACAAUGCGAGGAAAAAGGAAAUUGAAUUGCAAUUUAAGAAUGUUUUUGAUGAGGCAAAAAAAAUAUUAAAGAGAGAGUAUUAUGAGAAUGAAAUGAGUGAGAAAUUAAGAAAUUUGUUGGAGUGGAUAGAAGUAAAGAAUUGUAUUAUAUUUAGAGUGACAUAAACAAAUUAUCAGAAAAGAAUGACAGAGACUUUGUGAAGAAAUAUAAAUCAUUUGUGGAAACUUAUCGAAGUGGACUAGUAGAAUUCAAAGAAAUUCUUUUGAAUUUAAAGAAGGUUUUAUAAUAAAUUUACAAAAUAGAUUGAGGAGAACCGCUAAGAAAUUAAAAAAGUGAAAAUUAAUAGUUUUAAGCAAAAUCCUUAAUCUUUAAAUACUGAAAUUAAGUUCUCAGAAAAGAGGUUAUAAAGAAUGAGAGCAGGUGUAAAUUUGAUUUAAGUGCUCGAAGAAUCUUUAGCAAGAAAAUAUUAAGAAACUAUGAAAAAAUCUCUUUAAGAUUAACCAAUCUAAAAGGAACCCUAGUAACAAAUGGAUUUAAGUGAAACUGAAAUACAAAUAUUUUAAGAGUUAGAAAAUGGAUUAAAAAAAGAAAGAAUAUCACAAACCAAUGUAGACUUAGAUAAAGACAUAUCAAAAUAAAAAGAUAUUUAGAUCUUCGAUUAAGUUGAAAGGGCCUUGGAAGAAUAGAAGGAGAAGUAUUAAAUAAUUUUCAAGGAAUUUGAUAAAGGAUUCUAAAAAUAAAAGGUGAAAUGUGAAUCAAUUGUGAAAUCAUCCUAUAAACCUGUAAAAGGAGACUUAGACUUCACUCAUAAAUAUUAGGAUACUUAUUUUAAAAAUUAUUUCAGAGAGAAGUUUAAAUUGGCUAACUAUUUCCUUGGCGAUCAAUUGAUUAAAUUAUUUUUACAUGAAAAUUAGAAAUAUGUGAAUAAAGUCUUGAAUAAGAACUCGAACUCAUCAUAAUAAAAUUCCUUUAAUGAAAAGAAAAUUUACAAUAAAGAAUUAGACCCUAAAAAUUUUAUAUAAUAAGAUGAUUUAGAAAGUAAUGGAAAAGCAUUGUAGAAGAUACUCAAAAUAAAUGAAGAAAUACAAAAAGAACUUUUAUAAGAUGAGCAUUAAAGAAAUAUAGAGGAGAUGAAUAAAAUUGAAAUACAAAAAAAACAAGAACAUUGGGAAAAGGUGUUGUAGUAAGACGAUCAUCGAAAGUCUACCCCAAACCUAAUAAAAAAGGCAUCAUAAGUUUAAUUAAAGAAAUCACAGACAGUUGAAAAAAAAACUAUCAAUAUCAAACCAGUCAUUUCCUCUUUAAAAAAGAGAACCAUAUAUUACUAAGCUCAUCCUAAUUUUCCAUUGAUAAGUGAAGUUUAUAAAUCUCAUUAAAAUGUCCCUGAAGAACGAUUAAAGAAGGCAGCUAUAGGAUAUGAUAUUAUUUAAUAACCUUCCAGAACCUUAUUUACUCCACCUACUAAUGUGAAUUCCUAAUUAGAAAACAAAAACAAAGUAUUAAAAUUAGAAGAUGAUAUCUACCCAUAACAGCCAAAUUUAAGAGUACCUCGAACAGCAAUGUAAAAUUUUAGAGGGACAUUCUUUCCUAAUUCUCAGCAUGGUUUAUCUCGCUAAAAUUAUUAAGAUUAUAAAUCACUUACAACAUUAUGGGGAGAAUAGUGGAAUAAUUAUUGA